CAAACAGCACCGAGAGGCCCUAGGAAGCGCUCGAGUGCUCGUCGAGAUGGCCGACGCGGCAGCGGCAGCAACAGCAACGGCGGGAACAGAGACACGCCGGCACCAGGCCACCGGUGACGACGAUCAACAGGAGGAGCACCUGCUGAUUCGGCACAUGCGACCAGACGAGCUCAAGCAGGCCAUGGACAUCUGGAAGGAGCAGGGCCUGGAGGAGAGCGAGAACAACGUGAGCACCUUCUACCAGGUCGACCCGGAGGGCUUCUUCGUCACGGUCGACACGAGGACAGGUCGGGUGGUGGCCACGUGCGCCUGCGUCCGCCAGCACGAGACGCUAUUCUUCGUCGGCAUGUACGCGGUGCGCAAGCACCUACAGGGGCGCGGCAUAGGCAUCCGGCUCUGGCGCACCAUGGCCAGGCGCCUGGGAGACUGCAACGCGGGCCUCAACGCCGUGCCCAAGCACCUCAGCACGUACCGGGACCACGCGGGCUUUGGCCACCUCGACACUUGGAACACGCUGGUCUACAGCGGCACUGCCGUCAGCACCGACAAGCUGGCGCGGCCCACGGAGGAGCUGCGCGCUGUACCGGUCACCGCCAACCUGUUGCCCGAGGUGAUCGCUUACGACGCCCUGGUACACUGUUACAACCGCGAGAAGGCGGUCACCUACACCGUCUACGACACGGACGGGUUCGCUCGAGCCGUGGUACGGCGGCGGCCCGACGGCAGCGAGGUGGUGUGCGGCUUCGGCAAGAUAGGCACCAACAUCCUGGGCGGUGCCAUGAUGGGGCCCCUGUACGCCGAGGAUCGCCGGGCAGCCGACGUUCUGCUGCGUGCUCUGGUGGACGGCAACCCGCUGACGCGCGUCAGCCUCACCAUGAUGGUGGUCGACUGCAACCCUGACGGCGUCGGCUUGGCCGAAGACCUGGGCCUCGAGUCACACAUGCGCGUGCCCCGGUGCUACCGCAAGGCCAUCGUGCCGGCCCGCUUCGAGCAGAUAUUCGCGCAGCACGACCUCAACUUCUCGGCCUUCUAAGACGAAGUCGCGUUCGUCACGCGUACGUCUGUUGGCGGGGUCGGUGGAACGUAGCGCAAUGUCACUUAGUCCGCCGUGUAACGUUGCCCAGGGCACGCUUCCUCUAAACGCCGUUGGUCUCAGUCACUGCGGCAAGGGAAGUCUGAGCGUAUUACUCAAGCUCUAGAACGUAUCGAUCGUACACCCUUGCGGAGCGAUUGGAAGAGCACGUAUGUUCGGACAAGUAUUCGACUCUUUGUUACCACGAUAAAGAGAUGGUCGUGUGCGGUCGGC